AUGUCGGCUCUCGUCCAGGACUCCCCCGACCGGGCCGUCAUAGCCAUUGAGCCUCUGACAGGAAGCGAUAACUACGCUACCUGGAAGCGCCUCAUGACUUCCUACUUGAAAGCCAGGCAGGAUGUGGUGUCGGGCGACCUCCAGCGUCCAGAUUGCCAGUUCAAAUAUGCUAAGCCAAUCACGGCGGAUAUCACUCCGCUUGUGGAGCCCCACCUUAAUAGGGCGGUGCGGCAGAGGGCCAUCGAAGCACGCCUCGAAGUGGAGGUCCAAGCUUUCGAGCGUCAUAAGGAAUGGUCGCGGCGCGAAGCCGAGGCCUACCAUAUCAUCUUCCGGUAUCUAUCGCCCAAUAUCAGUGUGCACGUCGCGGGACUAGAGACAUCCCGGGAGCUCUGGAAUGAGCUGGAAGAACGAUAUCGGCGUAUGGAGCUGGCCACGUUUUGCGAGCUGUUCGCCCAGCUUCGCGAAACCACGGCCGCCCGAUACGCCAGCACACGGGAAUUUAUCGAUCGUGUGCGGUUGCUGGUACACCGGCUGAAUGCCAUUGCUCCGGGAUCCAUCGGUGACCGAACACACAUCGCGAUUCUGUUGACCCAAAUCGGACCGGAAUACGUCCUCGUCGUGGAUGCCAUCCAGAAUAACAAGGACCCGGUCAAUCCAACGACGAUUAGAAACCGUCUCGCCAACGCCGAGCAGACGGUGCAGCGAAAGGACGCUACUACGGUCCCGCACGGAGUGUCAGGCCCCUCAAACAACGCCUCUAUCAAUACGGUGCAGAAGACCGCAAAGAAAUGCACCUACUAUAAGAAGCGCGGCUAUGUGGCCGUGGACUGCUGGAAGAAACAGCGCGAACAGCAACCACCAAGGGACCAUGCCCUAAAGACGGAAAGGAGUGUUUCUGGCUCACCAAGACACAAUUUACAAACCAUACCAACCGCGGAUCAAUAUCGUGAGGGCGAGGGUGACGACCCUUUAUACCCACGCGCCGGCUUCCUCCUCUCGGUGGAUCCUAGAUUCGGCCGCCACCAGCCACAUCUGUUAGGAUCGGAGCUGCUUUAUUAG